CUUUCUCCUUCUACGACCUCUCUGCCGUUUCACUAUAUAUUCACCUUUCUUCUUCUCUCUGCACACGACGACCUGUCUAGAACUGUAGUCCCCAUACAAUUAACGAACCGGAACUGCAACCAUCCUCAUUAGCCCGCAGCAUCCUCCAUGAUGGCCAGUUUCAUGAGCUACUUUGGGGCCCGAAAGGAUCCAAAGAAAGCUGCCCGGGAGGCAAUCGUAUCCCUGAGACAGCAGCUGCAAAUGAUUGAGAAGAAGGAGGAGUACCUGCAGAAGAAGAUUGAAGAGGAAAUGAAGAAGGCCAGGGCGAACGCUGUGUCGAACAAAGCAGUUGCAACUGCUGCGCUGAAGCGGAAGAAGAUGCACGAGACCGAGCUGGACCGAUUAGCAGGGACAAGGUUACAACUGGAAAUGCAAGUAAAUACCCUCGAGUCAGCAAAUCUAAAUGCGGAGACGAUGGCGGCUAUGAAGACCGCUGCAAGCGCUUUGAAGAGUAUUCAUGGAGAUAUGACGCUGGACAAGGUUGAUGCGACAAUGAAUGCUGUACAGGAACAGGCAGAACUUGCGAGGGAGAUUGGAGAAGCUAUCUCAAACCCUGUAGGAAGUGCUAUGGACCUCGACGAGGACGAACUCAAGGCGGAGCUGGAGGAGCUGGAGGAGGAGGAGCUGAACAUGCGGUUGAGCGAGGCGGAUCAUGUACCGGUACACCUACCACCAUCAGCGCAAGUGAAAGACAAACAGCCAGCUUUGGAGGACGACGAGGAGGCGCAGCUCAGGGAAUUGCAGGCUGCAUUGGCUAUGUAGUAUUGCAUAUGUUAUCAAGGGUUUCGCGCCGUCCGCCAUUUACAAGGUGUUUCUCUGGAGGCCAUGGUAUAUACUCGGGCCUCUCCUUUUUUUUUAUUUCGCUCUGUGUUUUAGUAUCAUCAAUUUACCCGACAGCUCA